AUGAGUUUUAUGGCACUACACAAGGACAUGCAAAAACUCAUGCAGCUACAAAUUCAACAACAAGAAAGACUACUGGACAUUGAAGUAAACAAAGGUAAACAUUCUUCUACAAAAUUACCUAAACUAGAUUUAAUAUCAUUUGGAGGAGAUAAUACAAAAUGGAGUGAAUUCUGGGAUUCAUUUAAAUGUUCAGUGCAUGAGAAUCAAUCACUUUCAAAUAGUGAAAAAUUCAAUUAUUUACGAAAUAAAGUAUUCGGAGAGGCUCAACGUGCGAUCUCAGGUCUAACAUUAUCGGACGCUAAUUAUAAAAUUGCAAUCGAUAUCUUAAGGGAAAGAUUUGGAAAAGUGCAAGAAGAAGUUGACUUACAUUACAAUAAAUUAAUCAAUUUGGAGCCAGCAUCGAAUAAAACCGGAAGUUUAAGAAGCUUGCUCGAUACAGUUGAAAGGCAUUUACGCAGUCUAGAAGUGUUACAUCAAGAUAUUGAUCAAGCUGUGUUUGUGUCAAUGAUACGAGCUAAACUACCUGAGGAAGUUCUUGUUCAGUUAGAAAUAUCAAAUGGGUCAAACAAUGAGUGGAGUAUAGACAAGCUUCGAAAACGUUUGAAUGAAUAUAUUCUUGCCAGGGAAAGAGCAGAAAAGAAAGAUAAUGUGUUGGAAAAGAGAAUACAUGCAUCAUCUAUUCAAUCAGGAUACAAGCAAAAUUCAGCUCAACUAAGGAGCUAUACAUAUUCAGCUCAGUCAAGAAAUAAUACAAAUUCACCCCAACCGAGGAGUUAUUCGAAAUCAGCACAAUCAAGAAUUUAUUCAAGUUCUGCUCAUGUGCUUACAGUGAAUAACCCUAAGCAACUUACACAAAGACAACAGACUGAAAAUUAUGCAGAUAAAUGUAGUUAUUGUCAGCAGAAACAUUGGAGCGAUAAGUGCACACAAUGCCGAACUAUAAAUGAAAGAAAACAGCAAUUGAAAGACAGCUGCUUCAAGUGUUUAAAGACAGGUCACAAAUCAAGUGAAUGUAAGAAAAACAAAAUUUGUGCACACUGUGGUGAAGUGAACAAGCAUCACAGAAGUUUGUGUCCUCAAAAAUUCAAGGUGAAGGAAUCAAUGACGCAUUUAGCAAACGAAGAAACAGAAUAUAAAGAGACUGAAAAUUCUGAGGAAAAUGUUCUCGUGUCGUCAAGUGAAAUGGUUCUAAUGCAGACGGCGAUUACAGAUAUCAAAAAUCCAGAUACCUCUGCAACACAGUCUGUUAGACUUUUGUUGGACUCUGGAUCUCAUCGGUCAUAUAUAACUGAAAACUUAGCAAGAAAGUUACAUCUCAAAGUAACGGGAGAACAGGAAAUAAAACUUGUAACGUUUGGUAAUAAUAGUACACAAUGCAUUAACACAAAAUGUGCUAACAUUGAUGUUAAACUGAAAAAUGGUGAAUACCAUUCAAUCAGUGUGAACAUAGUUCCGACAAUAAGUGGCAAUUUGCAUCGAAGUCCAGCAGGCGUUUUGAAUAAGGAGCAUGUUAAACAUAUUAUUGGAAGUGUUGAUUUAGCUGAUACAUUACCAACUAGAAACGAAACAUCAUCAAUAGAAAUGUUAGUUGGUAACGACUAUUAUUUGGAUUUUAUUCUGUGUCAAAAGAUCGAACUAAAUCCUUGUUUGUUCCUUCUUGGGUUCAAGUUAGGAUGGAUCCUUACCGGAAGAACCUCUGAUCAAGAUAGCGAUGGCCCAUGUAUGCUUAUUCUAACGCAUGGUAAUAAUGCAACAAAUACAAGUUUAUUUGCCGAUGUGGAUAGUGUUGUACCUGUGAAACCAAAUUUAGAAGACUUUUGA